AUGCAAAAAAAGCUGAUUUUUUUCUACUGUUUCAUUGGUUUUUCCUUAGUUUCUGCCAAUGGAGAUUCAUUUCUUCCAAAUGUCGAGUUAUCAGCAUUAUUAUCAAUAAAAUCUAGCUUGAUUGAUCCCUUGGAUCACCUCAAGGACUGGGAAAACUCGACCGAUGAGCAUUGUAACUGGACCGGGAUUUCUUGCAACUCGAAGGGCCUAGUUGAGAAGCUAGAUUUGUCCAACAUGAGUCUUAGUGGCAUUGUUUCAGACAACAUUCAAGAUUUAAGGAACCUAUCCAUUCUUAAUAUCUGCUGUAAUAAUUUCGCCUCGUCGUUGCCUAAGUCAUUAGCCAAUCUGACUUCUUUGAAGAGUAUUGACGCAAGUUCGAACAAUUUUGUUGGCAAAUUUCCAAUAGGCCUUGGAAUGAUUCCAGGGUUGAUAAGCAUCAAUGCAUCGAGCAAUAAUUUCGAGGGCUUGCUCCCAGAGGACAUUGGGAAUUCGAUCUCACUUGAAAGCCUGGAUUUCAGAGGGAGUUUCUUUGAAGGUUCAAUUCCACCAUCGUUCGGGAAUUUAAAGAAGUUAAGGUUUUUAGGCCUUUCUGGUAAUAAUCUUACGGGAAGGCUUGCGACUGAGCUUGGUCAGUUGUCGUCUUUAGAGACGAUGAUUUUGGGAUACAAUCAGUUUGAAGGCUCAAUUCCAGGAGAGUUUGGUUAUCUUACUAACCUUCAGUAUCUGGAUUUGGCUGUUGGGUCUGUUCCAGAGAAGCUUGGAGAAUUGGCAAAACUCAAGGUACUCGAGCUUUGGAAAAACUCGUUGACAGGCCCUUUACCUGAAAAUCUUGGAAAAAACUCUCCUCUGCAUUGGUUAGAUGUUUCAUCUAACUCGUUGUCUGGUGAGAUUCCAUCAGGUUUGUGUGAUUCAGGCAAUCUCACUAAACUCAUUCUUUUCAAUAAUUCCUUCUCAGGUUCAAUCCCAAUAGGCCUUUCGAAUUGUUCUUCUUUGGUUCGUGUUCGAAUUCAAAACAAUCUUAUUUCAGGGUCAAUCCCAAUUGGCUUUGGAAAUCUUCCAAUACUUCAAAGACUAGAAUUGGCUAAUAACAAUCUCACUGGUGAAAUUCCUGAAGAUUUUUCCCUGUCGGCUUCCCUUUCAUUUAUCGAUGUUUCUCAGAAUCACCUCGUCUCAGCAUUACCUUCUAGCAUUCUUUCCAUCCCUAACCUUCAAAUGUUCAUCUCCUCGAGCAACAAUCUUGAAGGAAAAAUCCCAGAUCAGUUUCAGGACUGUCCAUCACUUUCUGUGCUAGAUCUAUCCAGUAACCAUUUUUCAGGACAAAUUCCCCAAAGUAUAGCUUCGUGUGAAAAACUAGUGACUUUGAAUCUUAGAAACAAUCAAUUCACUGGUGAAAUUCCAAAAACUAUAGCCACAAUGCCAACUUUAGCCAUUCUUGAUUUGUCUAACAAUUCUCUUGUUGGAAGAAUACCGCAGAAUUUUGGAAGUUCACCAGCUCUCGAGUCCUUCAAUGUGUCCUACAACAAGCUCGUGGGUCCUAUUCCAAAUAACGGUAUCUUAAUCACCAUUAACCCUAAUGAUCUCGUAGGCAAUGCUGGUCUGUGUGAUGGGAUACUUCCCCCGUGUUCUCAAAAUAUCAUCCACACAGCACGGCAAAGGAAAGUUCGGAUAAAUCACAUUGUUGUAGGAUUUCUUGUCGGGAUAUCAGUAAUUCUGGCUAUAGGCAUGUUGGUUUUCACCGGGAGACGGCUUUAUAAACAAUGGUAUAUGAACGAAAAUUGCUUCGUCAAUUUGUUUAAGAAGAACAAUUCAGAAUGGCCAUGGAGGCUUGUAGCUUUUCAGAGGUUUAAUUUCACUAGUGCUGACAUUCUGGCCUGUCUGAAGGAAUCAAACGUGAUAGGCAUUGGUGGGACGGGAAUCGUGUACAAGGCUGAAACUCAUCGUCCACACAACGUCGUUGCUGUGAAAAAGUCACGGAGGACAAUGCUUCACAAGAAUGAGACAGUGUCAAUGGUGGCUGGAUCAUAUGGAUACAUAGCACCAGAAUACGGAUACACUUUAAAGAUUGGUGAAAAAAGUGACAUAUACAGCUUUGGAGUGGUGCUUCUAGAGCUUCUAACAGGGAAAAUGCCUCUAGAUCCCGCAUUUGGUGAAUCAAUUGAUAUAGUCGAAUGGGUUCGACGAAAGGGACACAGAAAAACCUUAAAAGAAGCAUUAGAUCCUGAUAUUGUUGGAAAGUGUAUAUAUGUUGAAGAGGAAAUGCUUCUUGUCCUCAAAAUUGCACUUCUUUGCACUGCUAAACUCCCAAAGGACAGGCCAUCAAUGAGAGACAUUAUAACAAUGCUUGGAGAGGCAAAGCCAAGAAGAAAAAGCAUUUCCCAUAAUUGGGGAUUCACUGCCAACAAAGAGAAGAUAUUUGCAAAUUCACCAGUUAUAGGCCUUUUGUAG